GGUUCUGUUUACCUUCCUAUUCUCAGACGCUGUGACUCUGGGCUUAUUAUUAGCCUCAGCUGGACUAGACAAGCAUCUGAAGGGCUAGAGGCCAUGCAUAACUGAUGGAGCAGAGUCAAUGACUAAACAAGUGAGCCAGUGAGAAUGCUCUGAGAAAUAUGUUAAGCUUUCUCCAGACUGUGAAUCUUUGGCUCCUGCUAUGAACUUGUCUACUGUUGCAUGGGGUUUGACUGAAAGUCCUGAUACUGACAGUGUGCAUUGACUGAGAGUCUGUAAGUCUGAGCGUUUAGUAUGCAAAAUGUUGCAGAUAAGCUUAAGGGUUGCGCUCCUGCUCCUGCUCUUGGUUGUCAGAUGCAUUGCAGAGGAAUCAACACCGUCUAAAGGUUGCGUUUGCGGGUAUCCUGGAAUACCGGGCGAUCCCGGUCACAACGGUUUACCAGGCAGAGAUGGCAGAGACGGACUCAGAGGGGACAAAGGAGAACAAGGUGAAAUUGGCCCUUCAGGACCAGCUGGUGUUGGAGGCCUAAAGGGAGACAAAGGCGACACUGGUACAAGUGGUGCUACUGGGUCUAAAGGAAAAAAAGGAGAUAAUGGUGAGAGGGGACCUCCUGGGAAAAUGGGCCCCCAAGGAAUACAGGGACCAUAUGGGCCAAAGGGAAGUAAAGGAGAUCUUGGCCUGCCAGGACCCCAAGGACCUAAAGGAGAUGUAGGGUCUCCAGGACCACAUGGUCCAAAGGGGGAAGUUGGUCUUCGAGGUGACAGAGGUAUUCAGGGGCCACUGGGACCCCCUGGCAAACCAGGCCCUAAGGGAGAAAUGGGUGUUCCGGGUCACAAGGGCAACAUUGGCUACCGUGGAGAAAGAGGUGCCCGGGGUGAGAAGGGUGAGGGGGGUGAAAAAGGUGAGUCUCCUGUCAUCCCCAAAAGUGCCUUUUCCGUGGGACUAACAGCCCGUAGUAAACUUCCACCAGCUAAUACGCCCAUCAGGUUUGACAAGAUCAUUUACAACCAGCAAAAUCACUACGACCCACAGUCUGGGAGAUUCACCUGCCCCGUGGCAGGCGCCUACUUCUUCACCUACCACAUCACCGUCUUCUCCAGAAAUGUGAAAGUGGCCCUAAUGAAAAAUGGGGCCAAAAUCAUCCACACCAUGGACAAUUACCAGGCCAGCGAGGACCAGGCAGCAGGGGGCGCUGUGCUGCACUUGGAUGUGGGGGACAGAGUGUGGCUGCAGGUGGUUGGAGGAGAGCUAUUUAAUGGGCUAUUUGCUGAUGAAGAUGAUGACACUACUUUCUCUGGGUUUAUAAUCUUUGGAGCUUAAUUAAAGCUAUUUGAUAGGUGUUGGAAAAUCUCAGACAGUAUAAAACAGAUAUGUCUCAUUUUAAGGAAAUAAAUGUUGAAUCUUUAUAUAUAUGUGAAUAAAAACAGGCAAUUCAACAAUAUUCUUGGGGAACUCAUAUAAUAAUUCAGUCUAUAGUUAAUUUAUAGUUCAGAAAUAAAUCAAUUUAUAAAAAAAUCUAAUUAUAAUUAAAUUUAACAAUUUAAAUUGUCGUGUAAAGAUACCACUUCAGAUGCAGAUUGUGUUUUCUGAUAUUUGCAUUGCCCGGUCUAUGAUUUUAAACCAGAAGGAACUACUUCUUCAAUAUAUUUUAUUGAAUAAGCAGUAGGAUUUCCUUUGUUGUACCUCGGAAUAUAACUUCCUUAAAAAAAAAAUAAUAAAAAAUGACAAACCGGGGGUCAAACCGAACAAUGAGUUAUUUACUAAUAUACCUCAUAUUUUUUCUGUAACAGUGGGACAGAGAUCCUCCAUAAAAUCAGAAAAGCAUAAAACAGAACUUAUAAAAUCAGUAAGAUAAUCCCCAAAAUUCAAACCUUUAAUUUUGUAUUACUCUUUUUUUUGUAACUCUUAUUACUCUGCAUUGUUAUGAUGCUUCAAGCACAAGAGGGCACCCUGCAAGAAAAGUAUGUAGACUCCAACAAAAAUAUAUCAGGCUUGUGGGUAGAUUAACCACGUGCUGCAUUUUUAACCAAACUGGGCAACAAUGUUGCAAGAAAUGCACAAAGGUGAUUUUUUUUUUUUUUUUAUUCUGAACAAAUUUUUUUGAGAUAAGUCACAUUCUGUUUCCAAACCCUGGAAACCAAAACAGAGCAGGUUGGGAAGCAAAGCAUUAGGCUGUUUGUAGAUGAUGAAAUGAAACUCAUAAGGAACAGAACAUGCUGAUGGUGAGAAGAUUAUUAAUGGUCUAUGCUUACAUAAGUUUGGAUUUGAUUUAUCUAUUAAAUGAACAGGACAAUUGUUCUUUUUCUGUAUGGAAAACCUUUGAAUAAAAUCUGUAACGUGUCACCAGA